AUGUGGUACAAAUAAACCGGGAUAAAUCCAUAUCACGUUAUUAGUGAUAAAAUUUACUGAAAUAAUUAAUUGAAUUUCACUUACUUAAUUAUGACAAUAUUAUUUAAAUAGUCACAAUUUCAUAAUUUUUAUACUUCAAUAUAAAGUUUUGUUAAUUGCUGUUAAAAUUAUAAUAGCUUUGAGUUGUUUGGAGGUUAAGUUGAACGUGACAUCAACAUGAUCAAACUUUCAAACAUUCGACCCACAGUGCUUUGUUAUUGUUCGAGUUUAUUACGAAUACCUGUUAGAACUAAAAAGAAAAAAAUUGACCAAAUUCCAGUUGUUCAUAAAUGGUUAAACGAUAAAGAGCUUUUUGGACCACUUUUAGAGAAAAAAGGAAAAAAAAGAAAGACCAAAAAAAAUGUUAAAAAUACAAUUACUUCUGUAAAUACAGAAAACAAAGUGAAUAUUACGAAUGAUAACAACAAAGAUGAUAAUAAUUACGCCUUAUCAGAACUAUGUUGGGAUGGAAAAAAAUCGAAAAUCAAAAGAAUUCAAAUUGUCAAAUAUGCUCAUGCAAACCAGUUUUCGACAGAAAAGGAAUCAAUUUCUUCAUUCAACAUGUCAGAUACGCCGCAUUCCAAUGAUAUAACAGUCGAUAAAAUUGAUAAUCAAAUAUCUCCACGUGAGACAAAUAUUCCAAUUUUGGAAAGUGACAGUGUAACUUCAUUUAUUUCUGAAGAAUUAAAUGAUCAAAUGAAAACGUCUAAUUUUACAUCUGAAAUUAAUGAUACAACAAAAAUUCCUACAAAUUUGGGAGACAACUCUAUUUCUUCAAAUUUUCCUCUUAUUGAUACAACCAAGGAAGAUCAAGACCAGUGGAAAGACACAAAAAUUAUUUCUACACCCAUAACAGAUCAAAAGAAUUUUUUUCUACCUGGUGUCACCAAAAUUUUAAAUGAAACUGCUUCAGAAGAAACAAAAUUAAUUCUGGAAAAGUGGAAACAGAAAAUGAUCUUACAAUUGGGUGAAAUCGGCUUUGAAAAAUAUAUGAAAGAUCAACUAGAGAAUAGUAAAUUAAUGCAUUCUUUAAUUGCGGAUUUUUUGUAUAAAAAACCUAUUGAUAUACCUGAUCAUUUAAAUGACACAUUUCGCAGUAUGAAUUUAAUUUUGCAAAAUGUCGAUAAUGUCAGAUCUCUCGAAUCACACGUUAUCCACUCAGAUCUUCGUUACCGAGGAAUCAUCGACUGUGUAGCCCACUAUCGGGGAAAUUUAUGCCUUAUCGAUUGGAAAAAGUCCGAUAAAAUAAAGACGCUGAGUACUACUUACGAUUUGCCUCUGCAGCUAAGUGCUUACGUGGGAGCUUUAAAUAGUGAUCCGAAUUAUCCAUUCAAAGUAAAAAUGGCUGUAUUAGCAAUUGCUUACUCUGGUGGCCAACCUCCUUCUGUGUUUGAGUUUUCCGAAGAAAAGCUACAGUUCUAUUGGAAAGAAUGGUUGAAACGACUUGAAAAAUAUUAUUUAAUGAAAUCCACCCGAAGUUUGUAAUUCAUCUCCAAGUAAUUCUUGCACAAGCAUAUUGCACUAUACCGUUUACCUUGAAAAUAUUAAAUUUCCCGUUAGAACAGCAAAUCAUUGUUAACAUCUGCUUAGCGACACGCCAGAAUCUUAAGAGGGAAACUUGCUUCUCAAGUAUACCAAUUUUCCGUGAAAAUUUAGAAAGGUGUUACGCAAACAGUUUUUGACUGUUACAUGGCGACUAUGUACUUUUACAUAAGAAGUGAAAAUUUGAGUUUUUGAUAAUCUUACACAUAUCAAUCAAUUUAAAAAACAUUAAAAAUAUAAUAUAAAUUUUUUGAAUAAAUUAACAAUAAUUUCAUUAAUUAAGCUGAAAAAAGUAAAUGUAAAUAAGAGUAUAAUGAAGGGAAAAAUUUGAAAUUUUUCUACAUGUUGACUAACAUAUAGAGUAAUUAUAACUUUUGAUACUCAACCUUCCUGCCUCAGUAUACAUGAACCACAUGAGGUUGUUGUAACCCCUUGCGUUAUUUCGAACCUCCAUAAACAUUCCAACCCUCUGGGUGCCCUUGGGAACAGUAAACUAAUAGUGAGACAGCGGAUCGUUAAGUACAGUCUUCUACGGUAGUUGCAUCUGGUGGAAAUCUUCUCUUCAAAGGGAAAAUCUCGAGUAAGCACUUGCAGUUCUUUGUCUAAAUCGUACGUUCAUUUUGUUGGGACGAUAUCCUAGCCCGUAG